GUUCCUGAAGGACAAAAUUGCGGAGCUGGAGUCGGGUGCACUGGAGGACCAGGCGGUGGAACGCCUGUGGAGCGCUGUUCAACAGCAGCAGAACUGCCUCGGAGACGGAAAGGCGACGACGACGGCGACUGAUACGCCCACAAAGCCGGAAGCGGAAGAAGAAGUGAAGGAGGAGGAAGAUGACGGGGAGACGGAGGUGAAGGACUUUCUACGCGAACUCACCUCCUGGCCAGAUCCGACUGCUACGCCG